AUGUCCAUCAAUAUUGUUUUGGAGGAGAUUAAAGGUACUCCUACUUCGAUAAUUCCAAUUUUAAGUCUUCUUCAUAAUGACAAACAAAUAUUGUCAAAUAUUUCUAAACCAAAUUUGAAUCAUCUUAUUUCUCGUACUUUGAAUUUAGUUAGAUCACCACAACCAUAUAACAAAUGGUGUGGUAUUAAUUUGAUUAGGGUUAUUGUUGAAGAUUAUACCAUAUUAGCAAGUGAAGGUAAUAAUUUGUUAACUAAUUUAGUUAAAGUUUUAGAAAAUUAUAAUAAUACUAUUGAUAUUAAAAUUUUAACAAGUACUAUUGAUACAAUUAAUUUUAUGUGUGAUUCAAUAAGAGGUAAACCAACAUUAACAAGAGAGAUAUUAACACCUAAAUUAAGUUCAAUAAUUAGUUAUUAUUUUGAAUAUUUACAUUUUUCACCAUGUUUAAUUUUAAAAUCAUUACAAAAAAUUUUGAAAUUUCAUCCAACUACUUUUAGACCAUUUGGUAAUAAAUUAAAUAAUAAAUUAAUUGGAUUAAUGAAUACUUUUGAAUUUAUUAAUUUUCCAAAUGAUUUAAAACAAGCAAUUUAUGAUACUAUUGCAAUGCUUCCAGUUAUUGAAAAAAAUGAACCUGAAAGUAAAUGGAAUAAUGAUGUUAUUUCAAUUAUUGGAGAAAUUGGUGAAUUGAUUCAAAUUUAUCAAGAAUUUUUAAAUUUUAAAGAUGAUCAAACAUUAAUUGAUUUAAGUAAAAAAUUACCAAAAUCAAAUAGUAAAUUAUUAUCUGAUUUAUCUAUUGAUUUUAAUAAACCAGGAUCAAUUUUGAAAAUUUCUAAUAAUUUGAAUAUCCUUGUUGGAUUAUUAAAAAGUUAUAUGUCAGCUGAAACUCCAUUUACUGUUAAAAUUCCAUUAGGUUUGAUUUUAAUUACUUGUGAAGUUGUUGCUUCUAUUAAUGUUAAAUUCUUAGCAUUUAAAAGUGAUGUAAGAGAUGAAGAAAUUAAAAAAUUGAUUAAAUUAAGUCUUGUUGAAAAUUAUAGAUCAAUCAUUGGGUUAUUAUCACAAUUGACAAUUUUCCAUGGUUCUUUAAUUCCUCAUAUUUCCACCAUUUGGUCAUUCUUGGAAACACUUAUUCCAUAUAAGAAUAAAAGAAUUGUUAAUGAUGAUAUUUUAGAUUGUGAAAUAUUAUAUGUCGAUGUUUUAAACUGUAUGGUUGAUUAUUUAUCUUUAAUUGGUUAUGUUUCUGAUAAUACUCAAUUAUUAAGAUUUGUUGACUUAGCAUUGGUUUUAAUUGAACCAAGAAUUAAAAAACAAGAUACUACUACAACAAACAACAAGAACACUAUUCAACAACAUCAACAUAAUAAGAAACAAAAGAAAAAGAAGAAUACUUCAUCAGUUCCAUUAUCAGAUAUCUUAUCACAUGAACAUCUUUUCACUGAAACUAUUCCUUCUAGUACUGUUAAAUCAGUUAGAUCAUUCAUUAGUCAAAUUAUAACUAAAUGUACUCUUCCACCAACUCAACAUUAUAAAAUUAUGAGAUAUUUAAUAAUUGAAUCAGUUUAUGCAAAAUAUUAUAAUUUACAACAUUCAACACCUAAAGAAUUACAAGAUUUAUUAAUCAAUGCUGUAUUAUAUCCAGGUUAUGAAAAAAUUAGUAUCUUACCAAUUGUAACCUCAAUUUUAGGUGGUCAAAGUAAAGUAUUGAGUGUUUUUAAUAACCCAAGAUUUCCACCAUUACCAAAAUAUAUCAAUUCUGUUGAUCAAGUAUUGGAUGAUGAGGUAGAAGAAGAAGAUGACGAGGAAGAAGAAGCAGAAGAAGAACAAGAAGUAAAGGAAAAAGUUGAACCAAAGAGACAAGCUGAAGAUAAUGAAUUCGUUGAGGAAAAUCCAACCAAGAAGAGAAAAGUUGAUGAAGACCUUGUGAUUGAACGUUCUACAGAUGAACAACAAGUGGAAAUUCCUGUUGAAGAUAAACCAAAACUUUUCUCAAAAGAAAAUAUGCAAGCUCAAGAACAGGUUGUUGAAGAAGUUGUUGUCGUUGAGGAAAAAGUAGAAAUUGUUGAAAAUAUUAAAAUUGCUACUGUUCAACCAGAAGUUCCUGUGCAAGUUGAAGAAAGUCAAGAUGAAGGGUCUGACUUUGAAAUGCCUGAAAUCAACAUUGAUGAUGAUUCAGAUGAUGAAUAG